AUCAUUUCCUGAGAGAAAGCCAAACCCACAUUUUAAGUACCUAUGUAUGCACAUGUGUGUGUCUUCUAGAGAAAGAGGAAGGCUGAGCAACGAGCCAUAAAGGUUAGAGGUUAGAGAGAGCUGCUAUCAGUCCGGGUAAGAAGGUGGAAAAUCAGAAAGCUGGCUUGCCAGAGCUCAGGCUCCCUAACGGACAUUUGAACCAAAUAUCAAAUGAGAGGCUGGACAGCUGCCUUACCUGUGCUCCCAGUCUAGAGGAUACACAGAGAAGACCAAACGGCUUGCCUGCAGUGAAAAGUUGAAGGGGAGAGAGUGAGAGGGGAGCUGGCACUUGGGAGCAGAACAAAAAGCAGAUCUGGAGAGGAGCCGUGAUGGAGAACCUGCCCGUCUACCACGGACCCAUCGGCAAGGAGGAGGGGGAGCGGAGACUGGCCCAGGACGGGAGGGACGGGUGCUACCUAGUCCGCAACAGUGACUCUGUGGCAGGCGUGUACUGCCUCUGUGUGCUGUACAACGGAUACGUCUACACAUACAGACUCCACAAGGACGACGCAGGCUCAUGGGCUGCUGAAACCACUCCUGGUGUGCAGAAACGAUAUUUCCGGCAAAUCAGGAACUUGAUAGCAGCUUUCCAGAAGCCUGGACAAGGCAUUGCCAUGCCUCUGCUCUACCCUGUCACAGCUCAGAGACGGGCACAAACACACACGGAGGCACAGGCGCCCAGUAAUAGCCUGUCACCGACACACAGUGGCCCCGACGCUUACCUCCAGCAGCGGCCGCCUCAUGCUGCUCAGGGACACAAAAACAGGAACAAGAAAGAGGUGCGCCAAGCUUUUGGUUAGGGGAAAACCCGGAAGCUCACUGACCUAAUUAGAAACCAAAACAUCCAAAAAGACUUUGCAUGAUGCUUUCUGUUGCAUUUUGCAUGCUGUGUGUGAAGUAAAUGUCAUUUUUUUCCCAAUUAACCAGCUCUUGUUUGUUAAAUAAAGUCAUUUAUGUUCUCGCUGUGACUCACAUCUCACUAUCUUUUUCUUUUUUUUUUUCCCCCUGCAGCACCGAAAGUGCCUCAUAACUUUCGGGGGUGUGAUGUAAAAUAUUCAAGUGCUGCAACAUUAAUAUCCAUCACUGCAUAUAUAAGUUGACAACAAAUAUUGUGCUGUGUUUUCUUAAUCCAAUUCUGUUAUUUGGAUGGCAAAGAAAAUAAAUGAUAUUGGUUGAAAUAAACUCUUUUAAAUGAGGUCAUGCAUACACACCCGAGCCUCCGACUGACACAUAAUGUGGAACAAAAAUUCAAUUUGACAUAUUGAAGUAGUGAUUUCCGAGGAGAGAAUGCUGACUGAUGGAGAGGGGGGGCAAAUCUGUCAUUCAUCUGAUUGACAUUACUGGCUUCUUGUGAAAAAAACGGAAAAGAGGGAGAGAGAG